AUGUACGACCAGCUUCUGGUGGAACUCCGUAACGAGGACAGGGCAUCCUUCCACAACUUCAUGCGUAUGCCCCCCGAAAUGUUUGAUGAGCUGCUAGCCAGAGUGGGUCCCAGGAUAACCAAGGAACAUACCAGUUGCAGGGAACCGCUCGAGCCUGGCCUGAAGCUUGCCCUGACUCUGCGUCACCUUGCUUCUGGGUGCAAGAAUUCAUCGAUGAAGUUUGGGUGGAGGGUCCCUCACAACACACAGUCACUCCUCGUCCGAGAAGUAUGUCAGGCCAUCAUCGACGAAUACCUUGACGAGUUGAUGAAUUGCCCCAACACUCCUGAUGGAUGGCGUGCCAUUGCUGACCAGUUCUUUCAAAAGUCGAACUUUCCCCAUACAUGUGGGGCACUUGAUGGGAAGCACGUUGCCUGCCGGAGUCCUCCAAAAAGUGGGUCCAUGUAUUACAACUACAAAGGAUUCUACUCCAUUGUUCUUAUGGCGCUUGUUGAUGCAGAUUACAAAUUCAUCUGGGCAGAUGUCGGUGGUAGGAUCAGCUCAGGAACGUCUCAGAUUUACAAGGACUGUGAGCUGAAGGAAUGCAGAGUGAAGCUGUACAUAAGGGUUUCCUGA